UGAUGAGCUGCUUACCGGGAAUUCAAGGGACAACUCGAAUAGAGAGAGUUAAAUUGAUUUAGAUUUUGAAAAGCAGCAUGGAGGUCACCCACUCUAUUAAGGAAAGGACCAUUGCAGAAAACAGUUUGGUCAUUCUUCUUCAAGGACUUCAUGGAUAUGUCACUACUGUGGACCUUCGGGAUGAAAGCUCUGUCACAGGCUGUAUAAUUAAUGUAGAUGCUUUCAUGAAUAUUCGUCUGAGUAACGUCAAAUACAUUGACCGAAAGGAAAAGGAAAUUCAAUUAGAUGAAAUAUUUGUCACAGGACGUAAUGUACGUUAUGUUCACAUCCCGGAGGAAGUCAACAUCAUUCGAACAAUCGAAGAUCAGCUAAAGAAGAUCCACAACAUUCGAGGAUUUGGUGGAAAAGGGAGGAAAGAAUUUCCUGCAAAGAAGCACAAAUAAAACUCACUUUCAUGCACGAUAUACUCACUUUUCUUCCAUUUGACUUUCCUGACUACCCAUAAAUGGGACACUUAUCAAAAAAUCUAGAUAGCUGAAUAAUGUUAAAAUGGAUCAGAACCUUAAACUCACAUCUCCUAUUGAGGUGAGCACCCAUUAUGAAAGCUAUCAAGCUGGCAAAAGAUAUUACAAGUGUGAAGUUUACAGUCUUUUAAGGACCAUAAAAUGGACUGUACGUGUGUUUAUGUAAUAUAUAAAGUUACAAUUUAUAUUAUUGGUUCUUGCCUAGUUUGUAAGAAUACUGGCCAAAACACUGUGGUCAUGUCAAAGAUAAUGUUUAUUUAAAUUCUUUGUUUUUUUUAACACACUUUUGCCCCAUGUGACACUGAUGAGCAUUUAUCGCACUUCUUGUAACUAUCUUAAAAGGAAGUCUGAAACGUUAAACAUUCUAAGGGAAAUUAAGUGUCUGUUGUUUAUCAUGGAACACAGAGCAAAAUAUUAGCUUAAAGGGACAUGAAACCCACGUUUUUUUUUCUUUCAUGGUUUAGACAGAAUAUGCAAAUUUAAGCAACUUUCUAAUUUACUCAUUAUUAAUGUUUCUUCGUUCUCUUGGUAUCUUUAUUUGAAAAGCAGGAAUGUAAGCAUAGGACCCGGACCAUUUUUGGUUCAGCACCUGGGUAGUGCUUGCUGCUUGGUGGCUAAAUGUAGUUUACAUUUCUGCUUUUUCAAAUAAAGAUACCACAUAGUCACGUUACUAGAUCUUCAGUUGUGCAAAUACAAUGGGAGAUAAUGGGUAGCCUUGUCUUGCGACGUAACAAAUGGGAAAGGAGCGUGAAAAGAUUCUGUUAACGUUUACCAUGGCUGUUGAUGAAUUGUGUAGCGUAAAAAUGAUAUUUACUAGGCUGAAUCCAAAGCCAAAAUGAUAAAGGAUAGGUCAUACAAAAAACUCCAUCAGUCAUGUCAAAUACUUCUUGUGCCUCAGGUGGAAUGAAAACCCCUCGAAUAUUUUGUUUGUAACAAAACAUAAAUGCAUGGUUUUAGUGUUGACAAUAAUACUGACUCCUUUGUAUAUCUCUCAAAAUACAGUUUCCAGUAAAAAGGGCACAAAACA